AACUCCAUGGAGCGGGGAAGUUCCAAACAGGGCCUUAGUAUAUGUCCUGUCUUGCAUAGUGAAAAGAGGGAAUGCGUAGACGUGAGGAUCUUGCUGCAUGCAAGUCAACUCUCGCCUUGUCAUGUCUGUUGUGUUGUCAGUGCUGCAAUAUUCUGUACCGCACUUGUGACGUAGGUCCCUGCUGGCUGUUUGCUGUGCACGCGCAUAAAUAUAUGGUAUCCUUCUUCUAGCCUCUUCUUCCCCGUUGCAUCAGCCAUAAGCUUGGAGCCAUCCAUCUUUCUCCCGAUCCACCUGCAGAUCUUUACCAGUGUGGAUCGAACAAAGCAUAAGCAUUUUUUGUUUGUUGUUUCCCAGGUGUUUUGUCCAUCCCCUUUCUGCGGAAAGACGGUUGUUAACUGUAAGCAAAAGGCUGGGUUUGUGAGCUGGUCUGUAUGGGCUGUGUAUCAUCGAAGCAGUUCAGACGAGCUCCACCGCAUGAGGAUGCGGCUCUUCUGGCCAAAGAGACCACAUUUUCUUUGAAUGAAGUGGAGGCCCUCUACGAGUUGUUCAAAAAGAUUAGCUAUUCUAUAUUCAAGGAUGGGCUUAUUCACAAGGAGGAGUUCCAACUUGCUCUCUUCAGGAACAGCAACCGGAAGAACCUUUUCGCUGAUCGGAUAUUUGAUCUGUUUGAUCUGAAGCGAAACGGUGUGAUUGAAUUCGAGGAGUUUGUUCGGUCCCUCCACAUUUUUCACCCGGAUACACCCAUGGCAGACAAGAUUGCAUUUGCAUUCAGGUUAUAUGACCUGCGAGGCACCGGCAGCAUUGAACGUGAAGAGUUGAAGGAAAUGGUACUUGCAAUCCUGAAUGAAUCGGACCUCCUUCUUUCUGAUGAUGCCGUCGAACAGAUUGUAGAUCAGACAUUCAAGCAGGCAGACCUGAACAGCGACGGGAGGAUAGAUCCCGACGAAUGGAAGGAGUUUGCAAGUAAGAAUCCAGCCUUGCUGAAGAACAUGACUCUCCCAUACCUAAAGGACAUAACCAUGUCAUUCCCCAGCUUUGUUGUCUACUCUGGAGCCGGCGACGAAGAGUUGUAGCAGUAGCAGCCAUCGGCACAAGCAUCUGUGACUCUGACCUCUCAAGUCUCAGGCAUACAACAUCAUGUUCACAGUACAAAUUUUUGGAUUAUGAAACACC